AUGAUUGCUGAUUGGACGCAAUUCGCAACUAUGCACUUGACCAACACUCCUACUGGUACUACGGGUAGUGCCUCUUCACCCGAGGGUACUACCAAUUUGAUACAAGAUACUUAUACUAAAAUGACAAGUGAUAUAUUGGCCGAAAGAACAUUGAACGAUUUUUUGAGUGAACAUCCGGGAGAGCUUAUCAGGACAGGAAGUCCUUUGUUCGUUUGUACUGUCCUACCACCUCAUUGGAGAUCCAACAAGACCCUUCCUGUAGCGUUUAAAGUGGUUGCUUUGGGGGACGUGGGGGAUGGGACUGUUGUGACUGUGAAAGCUGGGAAUGAUGAAAACUAUUGUGCCGAACUAAGAAAUUCUACUGCUGUUAUGAAAAACCAAGUGGCAAAAUUCAAUGACCUCCGGUUUGUUGGCAGGAGUGGACGAGGUAAAAGCUUCACGUUAACCAUAAUGAUAUCUUCAAGUCCACCUCAAGUUGCGACCUAUAACAAAGCUAUAAAAGUUACUGUCGACGGCCCAAGAGAACCACGAUCCAAAACAAUGCUUUCUCUUCUAGGACAACAGCAACAAUUCCAUUUCGCCUUCGGUCAACGUCCGUUUCCUUUUGCAGCCUCUGACCCUUUAUCAGGAUUUCGAAUGCCACCAAUAGGAAACUGUAACAAUAUGCCGCAGUUUGGUUUGAGUAGUACUAAUUCACAUUGGGGAUACAGUACUGCCGGAGCUUAUUCAUCUUAUUUUACUCCCGGUGCUUUGGGCUCUUGUGCUGCCCCUUCGACACAAUUCAAUACUCCAGCUUUAGGAUUUUCUGGAAGUACACCUGAUCAAUCGUCCACACAAGAUGCCUUCACUACCAGUUCAGCAGUUAGUUCAUUAUUACCUGAAGCUACAACAACAGAUUUAGAUCAACAUCUCGGUUUAGUAUCAUCUCAAAAUCACUCAAACCAUUCUCACACGCCUUCUCAUACAUCUUCCCUAUUAGUUCCUCGGUAUUCUACGAAUCAUACGGAUUUCACUUUAUCUGGACCAAGAAGUUUGUCAGAUAAUUCUAGUGCAGCUGAAAGUCCUGUUCAAGAUGAACUUCUAAACUCGCAAACUUCACUAGGUGUGAACCAUGUGAACAACAGUUCAAAUUUCUUACACCAAAAUAUGUCUCAGAGUUCAUAUUCCUCGAGUAAUUGUAAUAAUUCUAUUUAUCCUGUACUCCCUGGUCUCUUAUAUUCCCAACUGUAUUCGGCCGCCAAUCAAAGCCAUAAUUUCCAUUCGCUGCACACGCAUACGACGCAUAGCCAACAUAAUGAUCUACAAAGUGUUAUGGAUCAUCUAUCAACUAGCAAUCAAAGACAGAUGGUUAAUGGUACAACUGAUUUAUUGUUGAGCAAUAACGGGACUUGUGCAGCAGCCGCCGCUAGGCAAGAUGAUGGACAUAAUAGAGGGUUGACCAAUAAUUCUGGGCAACGAGGCCCCUCACAAAAUGGUGAUGCAGUAGUUUGGCGACCUUAUUAA